AGUCUGCUCACCCGCACCAAUGGAGCUUCAGCAAACCCUCAACAUGUUCACGUACCGCCAUCAAAAGUGGGGACUUUGCGUCAACACAGAGCCAGUUCAAGGAGUCAUGGAGUGUGCCGGCAACUGUGAAUCACACGCUUAUUUUGCGACUGGAAAUUCAGAGGAGUUUCAGUCUGACUGCAAAUGUUGCAAGCCCUUGACAUUGGAGUACGGUGAAGAUUGAACUGAGAUGUCAGAACGGGAGAAAGCUAGCAAGAUCCUUCAACCAACCUGUCAGCGUGUUCAUGUACGCCUUGCGUUCCAAAUAAUAGAGAACGAGAAGAACCACAUGGAUAAUGACGGCUUCCUCGGUGUCAAGGUCCCCUUAACCAACACCAGUAUGUACAAAACAAUGCAAGGAGAUCAGGCACUUGGACAUGCUCAAGCGAAACAAACCUGAACUUGAGUUGAAGCCAGGUGUACCCGAGAGUAAUGUUCCUAUUGCCCAAAUACCCUACAAUCCAGAGAGGGAAGAAGACAAGCCAAUCAGAUUUGAGCCUAUAGCUCAGCAACCAUACAAACCGGAAGACAUGGCCGAACAGCCAAAACGACCUGAGCCAAUCAGCCAAAUUGCACAAGAACCCUACAGACCUGAAGAUGUUGGAGAGCCAACACCAGCAAAACCAGCCGGCCCGAUCGCCCAGCAACCAUUCAGACCAGAAGACAUAACGGAGCACCCGAACAGGUCGGAACCAAUAAGUCAAAUCGCACAAGAACCCUACAGGCCCGAAGAUGUGGAAGAGUCAUCACCAGGGAAACCGGCAGGACCGAUCUCCCAAGCACCAUUUAGACCAGAAGACGUAACAGAGCAACCAAAGCGACCGGAGCCCAUCAGCCAAAUCGCACAAGAGCCCUACAGGCCUGAAGAUGCCGAAGAGCCCACACCAGUGAACCCAGCAGGUCCGAUCGGCCAGAAACCAUUCAGACCAGAAGACAUGACAAAGAAACCAAAACAGCCUGAACCAUUCAGCGAAAUUGCGCAAGAACCCUACAGACCCGAGGAUGUUGAAGAGGCUACCCCAGUGAUACCAGCCAAACCAAUCGCCCAGGAAGCAUUCAAACCAGAAAACGUAACAGGGCAACCGAAGCGACCGGAACCAAUCAGCCAAAUCGCACAAGAACCCUACAGGCCUGAAGAUGUCGAAGAACCAACACCAGUGAAACCUGCAGGACCAAUCGGCCAGGAACCAUUCAGACCAGUAGACGUGACAGAGAAACCAAAGCGGCUUGAACCAUUUAGCCAAAUCGCGCAAGAACCCUACAAGCCCGAAGAAGUUGAAGAGCCAACACAAGCGAAACCGGCUGGUCCGAUGGCCCAGGAACCAUUCAGACCAGAACAGGUAACGGAGAAAUCAAAGCAGCCUGAGCCAUUUAGGCAAAUCGUGCAAGAACCCUACAGGCCUGAAGAUAUUGAAGAGCCAACACAAGUGCGACCGGCUGGUCAGAUCGCUCAGGAACCACUCAGACCAGAAGACGUGACAGAGAAACCAAUGCGUCCUGAACUAUUCAGCCAAGUUGCGCAAGAACCCUACAGACCUGAAGAUGUUGAAGAGCCGACACCAGCGAAACCAGCAGGUCCAAUCGCCGAGGAACCAUACAGAUCAGAAGAAUUAACACAGCAACCAAAGCGACCUGAACCAAUUAGCCAAAUUAUGCAAGAGCCGUAUCGGCCAGAGGACGUACCACCAAGAAAUCUAUCAAAGCCGAGCCUACCAAAUGAGCAAGAGCGUUCACGUCAACAAGCCUCAAAGGAGAAAACUCGACAGUCAGGGUCAAUGAGCCAAAUAUCACAAGAACCGUAUAGGCCGGAGGACGUUGUAGAACAGCAUCCGUGGAAUCCGCUUUCUCCGAUAAGUCAAUUGCCAUUUAAUCCUGAAGACAAUGCCAGUCCCGGGUCUCCCAGCUUAAAUCGUCCCUUCGCUCAGGAGCCAUACAGACCUGAAGAUGCGACGCAUCAUAUAUCGCCAUCUGGCUAUGGCCCCAUCGCUCAGGAGCCUUACAGGCCUGACAUCGGCCAGUUGGGUCAUGCAGGUGGUGGCUUCGGCUUAGGCCGUGGUGGCGGCAGUUGGCUUAAGUCAUGGCGGUAACUUCGGCUUAGGUCUUGGCGGCGGAGUCCAAGGUGGCAUCGGAGUCGGUAAUGCUGGUGAACUUCACGGAGGCCUUGCUACCGGCCUUCACGGUGGUGAUCACGGUGAUGUUGGCGUCCACUUCGGUGGAAGUCUUCCAGGUGGCAUCAGCGGUGGCGUAGGAGGUCACCUUGUCCCAGAUAUUGGUGGUGGCUUGAUACCAGACAUAGCGCAUGGUGUCGCGCAGCAUGCUUCUCACGCAAUAAACCACGGUGUCAAUGCUGCUCUUGGGCAUCUUCAAGGUCACAUUGACCAAGCUGCGCUCAAGCAUGAUUCCAGCCAACGUAUGCUGCCCAACAGCCUUACAGGCCAGAAGAUGUCCCAAGACAUUUCAACUUUGGAUUGGGUGGAUUCGGUGGGCAUGAACCACCAGUCGUGCCGGAACGCAGAGAGGAGAACAAGCGGUUGGCGCAGGGAAACCAAAAGAAUUCACGAGGGGGAUCUAAAAGAAGAAAGGACAGGAACAGACGACCCUACCCUUCAGUGAUACCAAAAGCUGGCUCCCUUUCACAUGAAUUCGUCAUCUCGUCGCCACUUCUGAGCAUGAUCAAAAGAUAUACUGUAUGCCUUGUUUUUUUACUAUAAACUAAGAUUUUAAACUAAAAGAAUUAAAGCUGUUUUCAUAA